CACGCGGAAGACGUUUAUGGAGGUCGUUCUACCCCUUUAUAUCCUCGGAACCUUGAUCGUGGUGAAGGUCAUGAUACCCAACCCAAACUUUCCUGUGAUGCUGACGCAGAGGCAUGAAGGGGAUAUAUUUGAAUUAUUCAAUGGCUACAAAAACAAUACAAUCGCUGUGGUGCCCAAUUCUACGGAAACCCUUAGCUUCUUAAGCUCCAUGAAUAGCCUCUGGCUCUCUAUGUGGGAUUAUCCCGGUAAGCUUCCCUUAAACUUCAUGGUGUUCGACACGAAGGAUGAUCUGCAAGCAGCGUAUUGGAGAGAUCCUUACAGUAUACCCCUAGCAGUUAUCUUCGAAGACCCCCAGCCAAUAUCGCAGCGUCUUAUAUAUGAAAUUAGAACGAAUCCUUCAUAUGUCUUGCCGCCAUCACCAACCGAAUUGUAUUCUGCUCCGAUCAGUUGUCGAAAGAAUAAAACUGGUCACUGGAUGGACGAUCUUUUAUCGAUAAAAACCGGGGAAUCUUGUCCCGCCAACAAUUACUUGCAUUCCGGCUUUUUGGCCUUGCAGGUGAUGAUGGAUAUCACGAAGAUAAAAUUUAUAAACCCGGGAAAUCCUGAUGUAACAGUACCGGAUAUUAAACUCAUAAUGUUUCCCAAGGAAGCGUAUACCGCUGAUUGGAUGUUGGCCUUCAGAGUUGUUAUUCCGCUUUACAUGGUUUUUGCGCUCUCGCAAUUCAUUACCUAUCUUCUUAUCUUAAUAGUUGGCGAGAAGGAAAAUAAGAUUAAAGAGGGAAUGAAGAUGAUGGGUUUAAACGAUUCUGUGUUUUGGUUGUCCUGGUUCAUCAUUUACAGUAUCUUCGUCUUUUUGCUCUCUGCCGUCGGAGUGGUAUUGCUUUUCACUCUGCAAAUGUUUCAACACACGCAUUUCCUGCCGAUAUUUCUUUUGGUGGUUCUAUACAGUUUUUCCGUAAUUAUGUUCGCCUUUAUGAUUACGCCAUUCUUCGAUAAGUCGCGCACGGCUGGUGUCUUAGGAAACUUCGCUGUUACAACACUGAGCUUGAUGUACUUCAUCCAAGUGUUUGUGAGUGAUUCCAGUUCAGUCACAUACUGGUUGGUUUCUCUGAUUAGUCCAACUGCAUUCGCUUUGGCGAUGGAUAAGUCUCUGGUAUUGGAUCUGCAAGGUGAAGGAGUAAAUUUCGACAAUCUUUGGUCUGGCCCAGGAAUACCUUUCGGUGGCAGUCUCAUCAUGAUGACUUUGGAUAUCUUUUUGUAUGGCUAUUUGGCCUAUUAUCUCGACUCCGUAAUUCCAAGUGAGCAUGGAACAAAGAGGCCACCUUGGUUUUGCUUUUUACCUGGAUUUUGGUGUCAAAAAAAGGUUCAAAGGGUGCCAUCGUCAAACGGUGAAUCAAACUCGUUUAUUCCGGGCGAGGAGGCGAAUCGCGACGUGGAGCCGGUGGUGCGCGAGAUGAAGGGCCGCGAAGCGAUCAGGAUAGCUGAUCUCUACAAAUCAUUCCAUAAGUGCAGACAACCGGAGAUUAAGGCGGUGAAUGGCAUCAAUCUGACUAUUUACGAAGGUCAAAUCACUGCCAUCCUCGGUCAUAACGGCGCCGGCAAGACCACACUCUUCAACAUCCUUACAGGCCUGACCUCACCUACAUCUGGCACCGCUCUAAUAUUCGGUUAUGAUGUGCGCGAUUCUAACGACAUGCGAGCAAUACGCAGCAUGACUGGAGUCUGUCCACAACAUGAUAUCCUUUUCGAUCUAUUGACGCCGCGCGAGCACCUCGAGUUCUUCGCCGCUGUUCGUGGCAUUCCACGCUCGAUGAUACGACAUGAGGUGAAGAAAACCCUGAAAGACAUUGACUUAGUCGAGAAAGCAGAUACUUUCGCACGAUAUCUAAGUGGUGGACAGAAGAGAAAACUAUCUGUGGGAAUCGCGAUCAUCGGCGAUCCCAAAAUUAUUAUCCUUGACGAGCCUACCGCCGGGGUAGAUCCUUAUUCGAGAAGACAGUUGUGGUCUCUUCUCCAGUCGAGGCGACACGGAAAAGUGAUUCUAUUGACAACUCACUUUAUGGAUGAGGCGGAUAUACUCGCCGACAGGAAAGCAGUAAUCAGCAAGGGAAAGCUCAGAUGUUGUGGCAGUUCUCUGUUUUUAAAGAACAAAUUUGGAAUUGGAUAUCAUUUAACAUUAGUCCUGGAGGGUAAUGCCAGAGAACAUGCUAUCAGCCGGUUAGUAACAUCACAUGUGAGCAAAGCGGAGAAGGCAAGACGUCACGGUCGGGAAUUGAGCUUUAUUCUACCUCACAACUCUGUGGAAAAUUUUGCACCCCUUUUCUCUGCCAUCGAGCAUGAGAUCAAGACUCGUUCGAGCAGGCUUGGCAUCAGCAGCUAUGGUGUGUCGAUGACUACUCUGGAAGAGGUAUUUUUGCAUCUGGAAAAGGAUGAGGAGACCGAGUGCACAAUGGACAACCUGUCGAAAAAGAUGGUGCGUAAUCGCGCGCUCAGCCGAUCACUUUCAUUGCAAUCCAAGAGCACAUCCUAUCAGAGCUUGCAAAACGAGGGGGUAAUCGUACAGGGCGACGGUCAAGGGAAGGCCAACGAUUUGCCGGACGGCAUCCAUAAUGAUCGAAAUCCACCUGUGCUUGGCCUCGGCCUAGAUGCCAUCAAGAUUCGGCCUAACUUCUUUCAAAUACUCUAUGCCAUGUUACGUAUAAGAGUACUCAGACUUUUCAGAAACCUCCAAUUGCUAUACUUCACAAUCGUUACGCCACUGGCUCUGGUAGCGCUUGGUCUCUAUUUGAACAGCAUCCGAACAGUCGAUGUCAAGAUGGAGUCGCUAAAACUCGAUAGCCACACAUACAACGAAACCAAGAUCCUCUACUUAAAUAAUACUGACCACGACAUUACCAAGUUGAUAGACAGUAUAGCUCAAGAUACGAAGCUUAUUGAAGAAUACGAUGGCAAUUUCGCGAAUUUAAUGAAUAUCGCGCCACAUAUAGCCGCCUUCAACAUUAAUGAUUAUAAUCUACCGCGACUCAACCUGACCGUCACAUACAACGAUACAAUGCAACAUUCCCUUCCAAUAUUGAUAAACAUUCUUUCGAAUGCUUAUUAUAGAUUGAUCUCGGGUAAGAAUGAAGCUACGCCAAUCGAAGUUCAUACACACCCUUUUCAGCAAACGUCGCAACCCCAACAGUUCAAUAUCGGCGCAGCUAGCUGUGCUAUCUUUCUCGGCAUGGUUUUCAUAAUAUUGCCGAUUACUUUAGCAGUGGAUAUGGUUAACGAUCGCGAGAUCAAAGCGAAGAAUCAGCUUCGCGUGAAUGGCCUGUCGUUCUCCACAUACUUUUUUAGCUACUUCAUUGUGCUAGUCGGCCUGAUGAUUUUCAUCUGCCUGUGCAUCCUCGGCAUCAUAUUUCUUAUCAUGCUCUACUGCCCAUCGUCUAUCGUCUUCUCUACAUGUCUCAGUUACAUCUUCGAUAAAGUGGAUUCCGCGCAAAGCAUGUUGCCGAACAUCGCGACCUUCUUCGGGUUGCUACCGUUCAUCCUUGUUAUGAUUCUUGAUAUGCAAGGACUCGGUGGAACAGCUUCGUUCGCGUUGCACGUGGCCUUUUCCCUAUUGAACAGCAUGUACGUGCCGUAUGCGGCGGUGUACUACGUGGACCGCGUUCAUUUGAUGUGCUCCAUCAAUGCUGCCUGUCACUAUCUCGCCAUGUCUGAUUACCUCACUAUGGAGAUUAUAUUGCUGGCUUUUGGUGCGCUGCUACAAUGUCCGGUUUGGUUUAUAGUACUACUUAUACUGGACAUCAACAAAAGCGGUGGCAAUGUCAGCGAUGUGUUUAAACACUACUUUCUGCGUGAUGGCAAUUCCAUUCGUGAGGAAAUUAUGGAAAAUUCAGAUAUUGGCGAACACGAAGAUACGGAUGUGAAGAACGAGCGGCAAAAGGUUUUCAAUUUUGUCGUUUCACCAGCCCUCGGUCAAGAGCCGCCUCUAGUAUUGCUUCAAAAUCUGCGAAAGGAAUAUCGACAAAAAGAGUCAGGAUCAUCCUGCUGUCCAAAGCGUGAAGAUGAGCGGAAGGUUGCUGUGCGAAACCUCUCGUUAGCGGUAGAACCAGGCGAGGUUUUGGGUCUAUUAGGUCAUAACGGCGCCGGCAAGACCACGGCAAUGAAGAUCAUCAUCGCCGAGGAGGCACCGACGAAGGGCAGGGUGCAGAUUAGCGGUCAUAACAUUAACACCCGCUAUUGUCCCCAACACGGCGCUCAAUGGAAGAAUAUCACUGUAAGAGAGCAUCUGGAAUGCUACGCCGCGAUUCGCGGUGUUCCAUGGAGCGAAGUCGACAGAAUCGUGGAUCAGUAUUUAACCGGUCUGCAGAUUCACGAACAUGCUGACAAGCAGAGCCAAGAAUGUUCCGGUGGAACUAAAAGGAAACUUAGCUUUGCGAUGGCAAUGGUCAGUGGACCCAAAGUGAUUCUUAUGGAUGAACCAAGCACGGGUAUGGAUCCCAGAUCAAAGAGAUUCCUAUGGGAUACGAUUCUCGCUAGUUUCCAGGGUGGCAGGGGAGUUAUAUUGACUACUCACUCCAUGGAAGAAGCAGACGCAUUGUGUUCAAGAGUCGGCAUAAUGGUGAAGGGUGAACUGAGAUGCAUCGGUUCGACUCAGCAUUUAAAAAAUCUCUAUGGCGCUGGCUAUACUCUAGAAAUGAAGCUGCUAGGCGGCGAUUGUACACCGACGACACCCUCCGGCGACAGGAUCGCCGGCUUGAAGGAAUUUGUCGCCGGCCUCUUCUCCGACGCCACUCUGGAGGAGAGCUUCGCUGACCGGCUAGUUUUUGCCGUGCCCCAACAUGCCGUGACCUCGCUGGCUGAGUGCUUUACACAAUUAGAAAAAGCCAAGCUCGAAUUGGACAUUGAAGAAUACAGUUUUAGUCAAACUACCCUGGAACAGGUGUUCCUCAAGUUCUCGCACUAGAACACUUCCUUGGAAUGACGAUGUGACAUCGUUACGUGAUAUAAGUGAUAAACUCGCGAUCAGUGCGCGUGAAAGAACUGUUCGUCUACAUGUGAAGAAAAAGAAUGUGCUAGAACAUGACAAAUGUUGACAGUUGCUUGAUUUCCGGAAUUUCUAUGUUCUCACUAACAAAUUAUGUGAUUGCGCCAAUGACAAUGUGAUGAAACGUAUCAUCUUUUUAUUACAAGGCGUCGCAGAUAAUGGAAUGGUGAGCAUAAUGGUUAUCUAACGAUUCCAAUAUUGCAAAAGAACAUCGGUUUGUGCCUUCAAAUUUUUGGAGGGACAAUGAAGAAACAAACAGACAAAAUGAUGAGACAAGAAGAAUUUUUGAAUAAUUUUAAUUUUAUUUCGAAGUGUUGCAAGGUGAUAAGCCUGUUUGGAAGCUUAUAGAGAAAUGAGAAAUGAAGAUGGAAUAUAACGGAAAACAAGAAAUAAUUAUCUAAGAAACGUAGUGUUUAAGAUGAAGAAAUGAAAAAUUAUUUACUUGUUCCAAAGUAUUGAAGAAACAAUGAAGAAAUUAUAGAACAAUGAAGAAAGAGAAACAGGAAUGGUAGGUUGUGUUAACAAAAAAGAGAGAGAUAAGUUAAAUUCUAGACUAUCAAAGCAAGAAUGAAGAAACGUAAAAAGAUGGAGGGAUAGCUAAUCAAUUAUCUCACCAUUAUACAUUCGAUAGCAGUAUUAAGAUGACAGAAAACUAUAGGGAUGACAAAAUGGUGAACAGAUAGAUAAUUGUACUAAAGCCUACAUUUGAAGGAGUGUUAAAGAAAUUAGUCGCUUUGUAGCUCCAAACUGGCAGAAUGAUGAAGUAACAAGGGAGCUAUGAGGGAACAUAUACAUACACACUCAAGUUAGCCACUAGUUCUAGUAUACAAUUUUGAAAGAGUAUUAAGUGACAAAUCGUAUUGCAACUUUAUCGAAGAAGAAAUGUUGAAGAAAUGAUAUAGUAAAAUGGAACUUUAAGGAAAUAUUAAUGAAAGUUCUUUAGUUCCGAGAUUAAAGGAACUAUAUGAGAAAAAGAUGAAGAAUUUAAUAAUUGCUAGGCAAAAAUUGUCUCGUUACUGCAAAAUUUAACGACGAGAGACGACGGGGGAGUAGUCCAUUAGGUCUAGCGUGGAAAUGCUUCGAGGAGUAUCGGGACAAAUCAGUUCAAGUCGAAGAAAUGACUGAAGGAUGAUGGAACAUGAAGUUAACUCUUCAGAUGGUGCUUCGAGAAAGUGUUGAAACGAGAGGCCGCCUUCGAAUUAUCGGAGGAACGACGAUCGAUAGAAUCGUGGAACAGUUAGGAACAAAUAAGAAUCUAAUAAUAGUGUCUUUCCUUUAGGAGAACGUCAAGGUGACAGGGUGGGCGAGGGAGAGACAUUGGCGAUGGUGUUAUUGUUCGCGCUAGUGAACGAACGCCAUCGUCCUUCGCGAAAAAGACUCUCUCUAUAAAGUUUUGUGUAUUUAUUCUAUAAAUAGUAUUGCGGGGGUACAUAACAUGGGGAUAUAGUCGCGAUUUUUGAACACGAGCUCCCUUUUAAUAGUGGAGUGUCGUUGUUCUCAAAGCUUUACGCUCGAAAUUUCCCACGAAGUUUUUAUCCGACGUCUCUAUCUUUCUCAUCGGCAUCGUUUCAUCCGUAAUGUCGUGUCCGAGUGGUGGAUCUUCCGCUCGGAGAUCGGCGUCCGAGGGUGAACGUCGAGUGUAAGCGCAGCGAUGCGCGGGGAGUGAACGUCCUCAUGGCGUAGAGUUGAGAUUACGUACUGAUAGUUUACUUCGUAUUUGAAAACUUACCGAUAAUAGAUCUCGUAUCGAUAUUGCACUGGAAUUGGAGCGCACGUCCCGUUGUUUUCGGGCAGGACAGCUCGUUCAUGGCAGCUGCAAAUCGAUAGACCGGCUCGAAAA